UUCAUCUUUUCUUCAUCAAUUCAACUUGAAGCGAUCCAAUGGCUCUCCGACUACUUUCAGCCACCGCCAUUGCCGUUGUCCUCCUCUUCAUCGUGGCGGAGGGGGCAAGCCCUUGGGUUGAUGUUCCUAAAUCAAAGACCGUGUCUUGCAAGAACAAGUAUUAUCCUGACUGCAACCACCAGAAGCAUACAUGCCCCGCCGAUUGUCCUUACACCUGUGAGGUUGAUUGUGUCACUUGCAGCCCUGUUUGCAACUGCAAUAAGCCAGGAGCGGUGUGCCAAGACCCACGAUUCAUCGGCGGCGACGGGAUCACCUUCUACUUCCACGGCAAGAAGGACCGCGACUUCUGCCUCGUCACCGAUCCCAAUCUCCACAUCAACGCCCACUUCAUCGGAAGAAGGAACGCCGGCAUGAAGAGGGACUUCACAUGGGUGCAAUCCCUCGGGAUCCUCUUCGACAACCACCAGCUCUUCAUCGGCGCCAAGAACACACCCACCUGGAACGACGCAGACGACCGCCUCGACCUGGCCUUCGACGGCCACCCGCUCUUCCUCGCCGACGGCCAAGGCGCCAAGUGGGAACCCGCCGCAGCUCCGGGCGUGUCCAUCACGAGAACCGGCGACGCCAACUCCGUGGUGAUUGCAGUGGAGGGGAACUUCCGGAUCAAAGCCAGAGUUGUGCCCAUCACGGAGAAGGAGUCGCGGGUCCAUAAUUAUGGGAUCACUGAAGAAGAUUGUUUCGCUCAUUUGGAUCUGAGCUUCAAGUUUGAGUCGCUGAGCGGGGAGGUGAAUGGGGUUCUGGGACAGACUUAUGGGAGCAAGUACGAGAGCAGGGUGAAGAUGGGAGUGGUGAUGCCUGUUCUGGGUGGGGAGAAACAGUUUUCCUCUUCGGGUAUCUUCUCAACAGAUUGCGGUGUUUCAAGAUUCACCGGCAGGAAUCAAGCUCAGAACAAUAUCGUCGAGUAUGCCAGCUUAGAAUGUGCAAGCGGAAUUCAUGGCAGGGGAGUUGUCUGCAAGAGAUAAAUAUAUAAAUAAUUGAAUCUCUCUCUAUAUAUAUGUAUGUGUUGUGGAAAAUAAUUAGGUCGGAAGGUGUGAUGUGUGAUCUGGCCUCGUAUUGUGAUGCAGCUUUGUUCUACUGAAAAAAUUUGUUACUUUGCUUGCAAAAAAAAAAUUGUUACUUUUGUACUUUUCAUUUUUUUUUCUUCUGUUGGACAUGUUACCACCAU